UCGACCACCACCACCGCCACCGACAUUCGACCUCCUUCUACCCACCACACAUACCGCCGCAUACACCUCGCACCCUGCACCGCAAUCGCUUCACACUGGCGCACACAUAAACGCAACAUGCGCGCGACAUAGGAGGACGCGAAGUGGAGUUCCAGCGUCCGUCGCGCCGGCGCAUCGCAUCGCAUCGCAGCGCAGCGCAGCGCAUCGCAUCACCGCGCAGCGCUGUUUGCAGAUUGCUACCCGCACCCACCGUCGCGCACGCACCGUCGCGCACUCUACCGUGAGGCGCCGCGACACCGAUACCGCGUUGACCACCGCCCACCACCCACCACCACCACCACCAACAGCACCACCGCCGCCGCCGCUACGCGCAACCGCGCAAUAUCGUCACCAACACGCCCACCAUGUCGCCGACUCGACGACCGUCGCUGUCGAUACAGCUCCCCUCACUCCACGGCUCCUUCUACGGCGACGGACACAUGCCCAAGACACCAGAGGCACAGUUGGACGAGGCGCAAUUGACCUCUGAGCCUCCACCACCUCCUCGUCCACAGCCCUUCAAGGUCAAGAGGAAGCGACCCAGCGCGCCAUUUCAGGAACCCAUCAUGCUCGACAUGUCGGUAAUACCGACCAUUGAGAUGUCCGAGGUUGAGACACAAAUAUCAAGCCCGACGAUGCAGCCGACAUCUGCGCACUUGCUUUCACCCAUGCCACACGCAUCCUCACUCGGUCGCGCCAUUACUCCGCCCAAGACGCCUACUCCCCGACUCUGUACGCCCUUCAGUCAGCUGGAGGAUCCCGCGGACGAGUGGGAUCUGAUCACCAACACGAAGCCCACAUUCCAGCGUGCCAAUUCCGUCUGCUCCUCCUUCUCUGACUCCUCCGUCUCCUCGUGUGGCAGCUCUGCCUUCUCCAUGCCACCCGGAGGCUACGACAGCCCCUUAUCCGAGACGACCGAUCCGUUUAUGGACGACCAGCAGGACAAGUCGGUCGCACCCGUUUCAUCAUUGGACCAGGACACCCCACAGAUGAAGCGCGCCAAGACCCGGCGACAUGGGCAGUGGACACCACAGAUGGAUGACCACCUGUGGCUGACGUUCAUGGCAUAUCUGUCAGAUCCCACCCUGACGCCGUUUAAGAUGUUACCGGGCAGCACCCCGCCAAUGGGUGUUUGUGACCAGGUUGCAACCAAGGCACGACGCACCUGGCGAUCGCGCAAACUCAAUGCGCCUGCUUCAGGUUCUGUGGACGCCAUGCUCGGAUGCGACGCUGGGCGCCAUCGCGAGGGCUCUCCAGACACCAUCCGGCCGAGUCCGCUGCACCUCACGCAGCCCAAGUGGCCCAAGGCGGCCGCAACCAGGCGGCGCCUGCGUGAGCUCUGUGCCAAGCGUCCCUCCAUAUCCGCCCACUACGCGCGUAUGCUUCGCACACGCUCGCCUUCGCCCUUUGAGACUUCCAGCGAUGGCCCUCCACGUGUGCAGCCCGUGGCCAUGUCUUCCUCCUUUUACGACAUGCACAAGUCCCUGUUGACCUCCACGGCCCCUUCGAUGCAGCCGGGUAGUGUACUUGCGCAACUUGCCAGCGACGGCCCACCACCUGCUCCUCGACAGGUACGACAGCCCCGACCCGAGGGGUGGUUCGACCGCAUUCCUCGCUCGAAAGCACAUCAAAAGAGUGCAUCUCUGCAGUCGGAGCUGAGGAUCCAUGUCCAGCAUAUGGAUCGACGAGCAGCGGGCGCUCCUCUCGCGUCGCCCUUUGAUGGCGAGCUCGGGGAUGAAAGAAGCCACCUGCUGCACAGCAUGGCGACCACGAAAUCGCUGGGCCGAACGGAGUUCAACGGCCGAUCUCUGGAUUCGCCCUUUGAUUUCAAGGUCGGGGCUCCAACAGAUCGACGAUCUCGCAAGCGUCGUUUCCGUUCUGAUGAGGAGAAGCCCCGAAGAGGUGCACUGGAGGACGUCUUUGGUCCACCUGUUGAGCAGCAACAGCAGCAGCAGCAGCAGCAGCGACCUCUACUCCGGAAUCGUGGCUUCAGUGUGGGAACUGCAGUGGCUGCUGACCAUAUGUCCAGCCUCUUUACGCCGCCUGCGACGGGCGUGGAUCAUGAGAUGGCCGACGCACUGGCUUCCGGCCCCGAUGUCCCCAUGGGCAGUCGCUCGGCCCCACGACGCAUGAUUGAGCCUGUGCCACGCCUGCUGUCCCCUUUUGUCGAGACUCCGCCACCCAGCCGGCAGCACCAUACAUUUCCCCGCAUCAACUUGUUACCGACGGGCGACAACCAGACUCCGUUUCACCAACAAUUGCUUCAACUACAGCACCAACAUGCCAGCCAAGCAGCCAAGCAACCCUAGGGCUCUCUGUUCUCUUCUGUUCUGCGAUGCGUGCCGCCCUACUGAAAAACAACUUCAUCAGCAUUGCAUUAGCGCGGCGUACCCGAUGACCGUGCUUCAUUCCACUCGCAUCCACUAUACUUUUGAAGCAUGCAUUUCCGCAAAACGACGCCGACAUGAUCGGUUAUGACCCUCACGACACGACGAUACGACAACACCGGCUGCCCAUGUCUAGCCCGUGGCCCCGGCAGCGCAUACAUCCUCUUCUGUCGACCUGACGAUAUGGGUGUCCCAUUGCUGCUUUGCCAUAUCACUGGCACAUUGCUUCUCAUUAUUUUCUUUUUUGUCUAUUCUCUUCUCUUGUUCCCUUUCUAUAUGUUAUUCCGAACGACCCUUUCGCCAUGAACGUAUUCGGCGGCAGAUGUGAUGGAGGAUAUCAGGCCGAGAUUUUAUGUUGCGUGACGUCGAAAAGAGAUAGGGGUGGAAUGGCGGAACACCUCGACACACCUGCCGUGAAAGGUGUUGGACAUGUUUUGCGGUCGUUUUUUUUUUUCUUCUCUCUUGUUUCUUUGCCUUGGUGGGGAUGUAUGGUAUCUGCUGCUUGGGAGUUGAGUUCCAUUUUGUCAUGAGAGCGUGAUCAGAGCGAGGAGCUCGCAGGGGAUGAAAAAGCUGACUGCACGGGAGGCAAUAAUCUGGUUCUGAUUCUUGGAAUACACCAUGGCCGAGAAACGCAUCGGGCCACAGUGAACAGAUACUGUCCGGGGAGAAGCAGUAAAUAGCUCGAGAAAGAAGAAAGCUUUGAC